CUCUUCGAGUGCGUGUGACACCGGAGCGACUCUCCAGGCUGGAUACCGAGCUCCGGUCUGUACGGGAUGGACCUCACUGCACGGGAAAGGGUAACGGCUCAGUGUUUGGGACUUACCUGUGACAUACGCGUCUUUUACAACAUCUGGAUUAUUUUCGGAGGCUCACGAUCUUCACUGAGUUCUAGCUCCAGUUGCCUGAGUCUGGACUGAGGAGGUUUUUUUAGGCCAGCUGGUCCCGGAGCGGAGACAAAACAACGGACGUGAGAACGGGAACAGGCGUCCCAACUACCCCACCGCGGUCCUCUAAGUGUUUGUCAAGCUACCACACUGUUGCCAGCUGCAAUUUUGCUUUAUAUUUUCACGGCUGCUUUAUUGUGCUCAUCGGAGCCUUAACUUCCCACUCAGUCGUUAUGUAAAGCGGACUUUAAUGGCUGAAAAGCGGCGAGUUUUCGUCCUUCCCCCGGCUUGGAAGCUACAGCUAAUUAGCUUUAGGCGGCUAGCCUAGCCACGCAACAAGGCCGUUUUUAUCCCUCUCGUCUGGUCAGUUAUGACUGUUGCUGACUCUAAAAGCUCUGUCUUCUAAAGCCAGCUAAACCCGAGCAAGUGUCUUCUUAAUCUUACACGGACUGCAAGGAUAUGGGGAAGCAGUUCUCACACUGCCGCACAUUUGUCAGCACACCGGGAUUAGGAACCGGGACACACCGGGGAACAGCUGCUUUCUCCGGGCAGUAGCGUAAGUCAGACCGCCUUCUUUCAGUCUAGCCCUGGAGAUAUACUUAGGGAACAAUUCCCAGGAUUGUGAGGCAGGAAAACUGUCGUUUUCGCCAUUAAAGACUAACCACCGGGUGUUAUUUAAUAGCAUUAAAUAGUCAAGUUGACCAGGAUUCCGAGGAAAAAAGCAUGCAUUAAGGUUUCUCUGAGGCACUUUCCCUCUCUGGAGGUCACAUCUUUCACCUUGCGUUCCUCUGCUUCACUACGGACACCCCUGCUGUGUUGGAGUCCAGGUAGCAGCUGCAGUGAUGAACUACCAGCAGCACAUCGCCAACUCGGCCGCCAUCCGAGGCGAGAUCCAGAGGUUCGAGUCCGUCCACCCCAACAUCUACUCCAUCUACGAGCUGCUGGAGCGGGUGGAGGAGCCGCUGCUGCAGAACCAGAUCCGGGAGCAUGUCAUUGCAAUUGAAGAUGCAUUUGUAAACAGUCAGGAGUGGACGCUGAGUCGAACGGUACCAGAACUGAAAGUGGGCAUUGUGGGUAACCUGGCCAGUGGUAAGUCAGCACUGGUCCACAGGUACCUGACAGGGACAUACGUCCAGGAAGAGUCACCUGAAGGCGGUCGCUUCAAGAAGGAGAUUGUGGUGGACGGUCAGAGUCACCUGCUGCUCAUCAGAGAUGAAGGAGGCCCCCCAGAUGCUCAGUUUGCGCUGUGGGUUGAUGCCGUGAUCUUCGUCUUCAGUCUGGAGGAUGAGAUCAGCUUCCAGACGGUUUAUCACUACUUCAGCCGCCUCUCCAGUUUCAGGAGCACCACUGAGCUGCCGCUGGUCCUGGUUGGCACACAAGAUGCCAUCAGCUCGGCCAACCCCAGAGUGAUCGAUGACACCCGAGCCAGGAAGCUCUCCAACGACCUCAAACGCUGCACCUACUAUGAAACCUGUGCCACCUACGGCCUCAACGUGGAGCGAGUCUUCCAGGACGUUGCCCAGAAGAUCGUAGCCACCAAGAAGAAGCAGCAGUUGUCCAUCGGACCGUGCAAGUCUCUCCCCAACUCGCCGAGUCACUCAUCUGUCUGCUCCACACAGGUGUCAGCCGUCCACAUCAGCCAGACGAGUAUCUGCGGUGGCAGUCUGAGUGACUACUCAUCAUCUGUGCCGUCCACGCCCAGCACCAGCCAGAAGGAGCUCCGCAUCGACAUACCACAGACCACCAACACACCAACGCCUGUCCGCAAGCAGUCCAAACGGCGCUCCAACCUCUUCACCUCGAGGAAGGCGAGCGAUUCGGACAAGGACAAGAAAGGCCUGGAGGCUCGGAGCGGGCGGGCCAUCCCCAUUAAACAGGGCAUGCUGCUGAAGAGAGGUGGUAAAUCCCUCAACAAGGAGUGGAAGAAGAAGUAUGUGACGCUGUGUGACAACGGGCUGCUCACCUACCACCCCAGCCUGCAUGACUACAUGCAGAAUGUCCAUGGUAAGGAGAUCGACCUGCUGAGAACCACGGUGAAGGUGCCGGGGAAGAGGCCGCCUCGCGCCGUGUCCACCUGCGCCGCCACACCGAGCCCCAAAACCAAUGGCCUGACAAAGGACAUGAGCAGCCUGCAGCUCGGACAGACACCAGGUUCGGUGACCACCAGCUCGUCGGUGUCUCAGAUGGUGAGCGGCGUCAGCUUGGUGUCGUUCAACAGUCGCGGCAUGGAGGGGAUGCACCAGCGCUCGUACUCCGUCUCCAGCGCUGACCAGUGGACCGACGCCACUGUCAUCGCCAACUCUGGAGUCAGCACAGACACAGGGCUGGGAGAGUCAGUCUGCUCCAGUCCCAGUAUCUCCAGCACCACCAGUCCCAAGAUGGAGCCACCUCCGUCGCCUCACGCCAACCGCAAGAAGCACCGGAGGAAGAAGAGCACCAGCAACUUCAAGGCUGACGGCCUCUCUGGUACUGCAGAAGAACAAGAGGAGAACUUCGAGUUCACCAUCGUGUCGUUGACGGGGCAGACAUGGAAUUUUGAAGCCACUUCCUACGAGGAGCGAGACGCCUGGGUCCAGGUCAUCGAGAGCCAGAUCCUGGCCAGCCUGCAGUCCUGUGAGAGCAGCAAGAACAAGUCUCGUCUGACCAGCCAGACGGAGGCUAUGGCUCUGCAGUCAGUCAGAAGUAUCAGAGGAAAUAGUCGCUGUGCUGACUGUGAAGCUCAGAACCCAGACUGGGCCAGUCUGAACCUCGGGGCCCUGAUCUGCAUCGAGUGCUCGGGCAUCCACAGGAACCUGGGUACCCACCUGUCCAGGGUUCGCUCCUUGGACCUUGAUGAGUGGCCACUGGAGCUCAUCAAGGUCAUGUCUGCAAUCGGCAAUGAGUUGGCUAACAGCGUGUGGGAGGCCAACGCUCAGGGACGCCUCAAACCUGGACCGGAUGCUAGCAGGGAAGAGAGGGAGCGAUGGAUCCGAGCAAAGUACGAGCAGCGACUGUUCCUGACGUCGCUGCCCUGCACCGACCUCUCUCUGGGGCAGCAGCUGCUGAGGGCGACGGCUGAGGAGGACCUCCGCUCCGUUGUCCUGCUGCUUGCCCACGGAUCACGACAGCAGGUCAAUGAGACCUGCGGAGAAGGAGAUGGACGCAGUGCGCUGCACCUGGCCAGCCGCAAGGGCAACGUGGUGAUCGCACAGCUCCUGAUCUGGUAUGGCGUGGAUCUGAUGGCGAGGGAUGCCCACGGUAACAGUGCAAUGGCAUAUGCUCGACAGGCCAACAGUCAGGAGUGUGUGGACAUAUUGGCUCAGUAUGGCUGCCCUGACGAGCGCUUCCCACUCAUGGCUACACCCAACCUGUCACGCCGCAACAUCAACCGCAACAACAGCUGCAGCAGCACUGGGAGCACGGCGCUCAUAUGACCAGGUGACACAAACAAAACAAACCCUGAUUUGGGAGAAUCAUGUUGUUUAUUAUGGGAACCACUACCUGUUGUGACUCUAAGCCCCGCCCAUAUCACCUGACAACCACCACUGCUGUUGACGGCUUGUUAAGACGGAUAAAACUGAUCAUAGAUCAGUGCUGACACUGCCCCCAUGGGAGAGCCCUCAAUAGGAAAUAAACUGAAAGCAUCCUGGGAAAUGUGGUCCACAAUCACCUGAGCUCGUCAGAGCAUUUUGGGAAAUAAUCACAUGACUUGCGACAACCAGUUAGGGUGCAGGCUGAAGCUCUAUGGACAUCAUACCUCAUGACACACUCACUAAUUUAACACUACAUGGCCAGUUCCCUCCCUCAUUACAGACCGCCCUUCAAAAGACCCAACAGCCAAUCAGAAUUCAGGCCAAAACUUAUCGUCUCUCUGAAUGGGAAGUGUAAGAGAGAAAACUGUGAGGUGAAAAUAUCAGGAAGGAGACAUGAGGAACCCGACACUCUUUGCUUAUUGGGGUUCAUCAUCCUUAAUCUCAGUCCAGGGCUUCUCUCUUUGUGCUUUUCUUUUUUUUCUUUUUUUUUUCGUGGCUUUAUGCUAUGAAUCUGUGAACGCUCCUGCAUUUACACAUUUUAAUGUGAAAAUAUAUCGAUGUAAACUUUUAUGACGGAAAAACAGAUAUGGGAUCAGUUCUUAGAGGCAAAAAAGAAGUGUGGUAGAGCGCAUGUCCUAGAUAUUUGCAUUUUUCUCUGUUUUAAUUUAAGGCAUUUCUCCUGUAUUGUGUAUAUUGUAUCUCGAUGUGCGUUGCUGGACCAGUGGUUAAACAAGCCAACAUGGGGAAGGCAACUUUUUUUUAAGCUUUAUUUGUGUGUCCAUUUUUGGGUGUAUAAAGUCUUGAAGUGUACAGAAGCUCUUGCCAGGCUCAGGGACCGGAGACUGUCGACCACAAACACCCCGUUGUCCUUUCACCAACAUCUGAGUCUGUAAACCAUGGUUUGGGUUUAAACUGUUUUUAUUUCACUCUGUUCAGAGUUAAAACAUCAACUCCAACAACAGAUUACAAAUUCAAAAGGGACAAAACUUUGUGGAUGGUUGUUUAUACCAUUUGUAGGGAUGGAUGACAUUUCAUUUAAAGUGGAGGUUAUAUUUAUCUGGAAAGGCAUAAAUUAAAGCUAACACCAACACAUAAGCUGCAGAUGCAAGAAAUAUAUUAAAUAUUUAGCUUGUAAGAUGUCAGAAGAUGUCUAACAGUUUCCAAAAACUCAAGGUGAUGUCUUGAAAAUACCCUUUUUGUCCAAUAGUCCAAAACCAAGACAUGUUGUUUAAAGAGUAGAUUUAACAUUCAAUCCUUUAUCAAAGCUGACUGUGUUUCCAUGGACUGAUUGACUAGUUGCUACUUGUAUUUAAUAUUCAAAGUAAGAAAACUUUGUCUGUAAUUUUUCGUACACCAGUCGUUACCCAUACCAAACACCCAAAGUAUGUUAGAAACAGUCAGAGAAUGGUGCACAGGGUUUGCCUGUGCUUAAAUGAGCUGAAUCCAGACUGUUAUAAACAAGUAAAUUAUGGUUGAUAAGGGUAAUUCACUGCGAUGCUGAGGUCAAUUUAUUGUCGAUUUGGGGAUGAUACUAACCGUAUCAAGCAGAUUGAGUACCAGCCAAGCAUGACUGAUUUAACACAUAUAACACAGUUUCUUGGUCGACAGUGCAGUUUUGAAGGAGCCAGCUGUAAUGUGAAAACCUCCAACAUUAGAAUCAGGAUUUGCACUUUAGGAAAAUGAUCUAUGUUAUGUGAAUCCUUUCUUUGUAUAUUGGUUGUAAGAACUUGUAUGACAAGAAAUUUUCUUACUUUGCUUCCAGUUUUCAACAGAUUUCAUCUUCUGAACUGAGUGAAUCGAGAGCAUGUUAAACCCAAGCCUGUUGUUCUGUUCUCCUGGUCAAAUAAUAUUUAAUUUAAACUGUUCCUGAAUUUUAUUUAUUGUUAUAAAGCAUAGAAAUUGACAAGACGCAGCUAAGAAGUAAUGGGGCAAAAAGGGAAUUGAUCUGCUUCUUCUUCAGGCGUCAUGUUAAAUCACAGCAAUGGUGAGAAGGUUGAGGAGAGGAGUCCAGCUGCUUUUCAUUGUUUCGCCGCAGCUGGUACAUUAUCAACCCUAAAACGUUUACCAUCAACAGACAUGAAGGUUUUUACAAGUAGGAGCCUGAUAUGAUACAAGUUCAUAAUUUGAAUGCAAAAAUGAUGUUUCUGUGUGAAGAUUUUUCUGCAAUCAUCGUGAAUUCCCUCUCAUCACCUUCUCGUCCAGUCAGACAGUCUCCCUGAUCUGCUCAGCGAAUAACUAAGAAGGGCUGCUUCUUCUUCUCUGGGCUGGAAACCUACUUGAUGUAAAUAAUCUUCUCUUUCUCUCUUUUGAAGGUGAUGUCAUGUAAAUUAGAGAACACAAGAAGUACUUACUGUGUCAGGUUUCAGAGUGAAAGUGAUUUGUUCUGAUGUGUGGUGGUAGGGGGACAUCUACUUGGACUGUAUGUUGCGUGUUUUGGUUCAGUGCAGUGCUGAUCCAUCCAAGCCAUCCGAACCACCUGGAGAUCUGGAACCCCCAAUGGGCUGCGCAGACAGUUUUAAAACAACACGCUCCUUCCUGCUUCCCUAUCAACGUGGAUCCCUCUGUCUUUGCCAUCGUUACUGUUUGUAACAUAGAUGUUGUGCAGGGGUUGACGAGUGCUCAGCCCAACUGUGUAUCCAAGCAAUAUUCAUAGACACAUCAGUCGCAUUGUAUCUUCGUAUGCUGACUUUGCUGCAGUGUUUUCAAACAACCACAACCACGCCGCCUGUUUGUAAAAAUGAACGAAAGAGCUAAAAUUAUCAAAAAUAGUUUUCCCUCUUAUGCCUUUUUUGAUUUAGCUUCCUUGUUUCAUCCACCCUUGUUGCUGUACGUGCCAUGACCCCGUCAUCUUCAAGAUGAUCUCAAUUUGUGUUCAGUGUUUCGUUUUAUUUUGUUUUUUUAUGCGACUUGCCCCAUGUUUGUCCUGAACCAGGACAGCAUGACAGGGCAAGGAUGUUAUUUAUGACAGAAGUGCACUAAACCUAGUUUAUCCAUCUUAAUCCCAACUUUCUCCACUACAGCCUUCAGAUUUGUUUCCUCAUCUUGGAAUGAACUGACAUUUACAUCACCUUAAGGCAGUUUCCUCUAAAGUGAUUUAUUGGGACAACUUUGGAACCAAAGUCCAUUUAAGUUCACACUAGCAAAGGAAGAGCAGUAGUAGCACCAUCUGCAGGUUGACAUAAACAAGCUAGCAACAGUAUUCCUGCAUUGUUUCAGUUUGCGGCCUCUGUAAGAUUCUGAGACUAAAUUGAAUGUGAAAAUUUGGAGAGUAUUUUGAGAACAAACAAAUGUUUUUUAUAAGUUCUCAGGAGCAGUAAAACCUUGGUAACAUUGGCUCUUAAGUGUUUGUAGACACAAACUGCUGAGUCGUCUGUCACUGAAGCUAACCGCUACUAGCUUUGAACUCACCAUCAUUAAAGCAUGGUCUCAACUUCCAAAUGGACUUUAGCACUUUCCCCUCAAGUCAUUUGAAUCCUUGUUUUCCUAAACACAAAAAUGAAUAAAUGGAAUGUUUUAAGAAGAGAAGCUCCAGCAGCAGUUUAGCAGUUUGCUAAACCCGUAAAAUGGAAAUUUAAUCAUGUUUUUUUAGUCUUACUUUUCAGGACAUAAAAUCUUUCUGCUACAGUUUUGGGUUUUUUAUUUGUUUGUUUUCACAUCUAGUGACAUUUGUCUCUCCUUCAGUGGCAGCUACAGACAGUUUUCGGUUUACUGAUUUGUGCUCACGUUUUAAGUUUGUCAAAAGUACAAGCUGCUUGGGAAUCGACAUCAUGUCUGUUUAUUUAAUUUGACAACAGCAGUAAAUCCUUAGUAAUAUCUGAUUUUCAAAAGUAAUCAUAGAAAAUGAUGAAGUUGUCGCUGAGGUUAACUAACAUUUGUAGCUAAAAUGUUAUGAGAAUCCUGUGAAUCUCCAGUUGCAGCUAGCAUCUUUAGCUAAACUCAGCUAACAGACAAUAGCGUGACACCAUAUAUUUUGUUAGCUUUGAUAUAACAAGCUUUAGAUUAGAAACUGAACGACUGAAGCCACCUGCAUGUACUGUAGAUAGGUCAUGUCUGCUUUGAGCUACGCUGGGAAAACAAGGAAACUGCGACAAUGCUAAUAUCUCUGCUCAAUGCUUGCCACCAUCUACACCGCCUCAUCUGUAUAUAGACUUCAAAAAACAAAACAAAGAAAAAACCAGUCAGUAUGGUCAAGGUUUGGUUUGUUGUGUUACCUCGUGUAGUGUUACCCCUUGACCCCACCCACCAGGGCUGUCCAGCACAUUAUUUAUAAACGCACCUAGCAAAGAAGACUUAAACUUUUUUGUAAAUUUUUCUUCUCAGUCCUUCCAUGUUUUAUUACUGUUAUAAAUUGACCAUCGAAACAUGAUUGUCUUUGUCAUUGUUAUUCUAAUUAUUAUUAUUAUUGUUUAGUUUUUAUUGCCUGUACAGUACCGUUGUUAAAAAUUUGACCUAAUACAGACUCUUCUA